AUGCAGCCUUACGACAAUGAUCAAUCACUAUCAUCGGGCCUGUCUCGGGACAUCGAGACUGGCACCAUCGAAAGCCAGACCGUUAGCACUGCGCCAACCAGUACUGCGCCUCUUCAACUACCCAUCACGACCUCUGUGCUGCCAUCAAGGGCCGAUCCUCAACCGCUAGCCACAUCAGGUACUCUUCCUGCUUUGGUCACUGGAGAUGGUCGACGGAGCAGGGCUCUUCCAAGCAGCGCGACAUGGACUUCUUCUGUCGGGGACCUGGCCCUGUUAUCAGACACAGACGAGAUUCAGGACCGUCGAAUAUUUGUACAGGACUACAAUCGGUUGGCCAAGAAACAAGGAAUUCGAGUAUUGUCGGUGGAUGGCUUCGAGGGAGGACGACAUGCACUGCCAGCCAUUAUGACUGAGAAACGGAGGUGGUGGUCUCGAGUACUCCGUUCAACAUCAUCAGGGCAACCGCCUACCUCGCGAGGAGCACCCCACGGAGUCCGUCACAAGCGAAGCGUCAGCGACAUUGCCCUACAAUUGGUACACUCUCGCAAACCUGAACCCAAGAUCCUCGAUCUACAGGCCAUGGUUCGACUGAGUGGGAAGAGCCUUUUGCAUCUCCCUGCCGACUAUGCUAUUGGCUCACUUGUUGUGCCGACUUGCUUCAGGGCAACUGCCCAAUACUUGGCUCAAUAUGGAUCUGUUACACGCGGUGUAUUCCGCAUUCCCGGUUCGCUGCGCGUUGUCAAUGCAAUAUUCGACUACUACUGCUACGAAAAGCCGGGAGAAGAAGUCACAAGUACCAUACGUUGCCCUACUUUGCCAUCACAUAUCAAUGCCGGUGCACAAGAUGUAGCUUCAGCUUUCAAAAAACUGCUAUCUGUACUCCCGGGUGGCAUCCUUGGCUCUCUCACCCUUUUUGACGCAUUGGUCGCGAUUCACACUCAGCUUCGUGGGGAGCAAGAACUCAGCAGAACAAAAGAAUCCAAGCUUCGUGCUAGACUCAUUGCCAUGGCUAUUGGGACCAUCAAUUCUCACUUUCGUCGGGAGCUUAUUUGCGCUGUAUUUGGUCUUCUUUCCCUUAUUGGACGUGCUGCUGAGACAGCAGCUCGUGAAGAUGAGCAGGGCCGGCCACUUCCAACGUCAGAUUUGAUGGGAUACGCAGCUUUGGGGAUCGUAUUCGGUCCUCUCCUGGUCGGCAAUUUGCUCGACUCCUAUACAAUGAAGCUCGCAAAUCCUUCUUCGGGCUUGCUGCUUUUCCCCCUUACCCCGCCGCGUUUGAAAAGGGAACGACAGCGAAAGAGCACUAUCCAAGACAAUACAGAUUCCAUGUCUGUUGACAAAAUUCGCGUGGCAAACGACAUCACCGAGAUGCUCAUCUCAAAUUGGAGAGAGGUGGUGCGCAAUAUGAAAGGCUUGUCGAGUUUCCGGGGGCCAAAUGAAGAUCUAGAAAGCACGAGUCGUCGGAAAUUUCUUCGUUCAUCAAACUCUGACUCUCUGGCCGUCGGAUUGCCUAGAGGCUGGAGGAGCAAGCACUCUUCGCCACGAUCUUCCAUCAACCAACAUAGGUCGAAAUCACCCGUUACUCCAACACCGGCGCCUAGUAAGUAG